AUGAGUGACAAUUUAGAAAAUUUUUCAACAGUCGAUCUGUUGAAUGAGCUCAAAAGAAGGUACUCGUGUUUGAGUAAACCAGAUGGAAGGUACAUCUUUUUGGGUGCCCCCGGGUCUGGAAAGGGAACACAAUCAUUAAACUUGAAGAAGUCACACUGCUACUGUCAUUUAUCCACAGGGGAUUUACUAAGAGAAGCAGCAGAUAAAAAUAAUGAAUUAGGAAAUAAAAUUAGAAAUAUAAUUAAUGAAGGUAAAUUAGUGGAUGAUGAAGUUGUGUUAGCUUUAGUUGAUAAUAAAUUAAAAUCUCCUCAAUGUAAGAAGGGCUUUAUUCUUGAUGGGUAUCCGAGAAAUGUAAAACAAGCAGAAGAUUUAAAUAAGUUAUUACAAACAAAUCAAACAAAACUAAAUGGUGUUUUUUAUUUUAAUGUCCCAGAUGAUGUAUUAGUUAAAAGAAUAAGUGGUAGACUAAUUCAUAAACCUUCAGGUAGAAUUUAUCAUAAAAUUUUUAAUCCUCCAAAAAUUCCAUUUAAAGAUGAUAUUACCAAUGAACCCUUAAUACAAAGAGAAGAUGAUAAUGAAGAUGUUUUGAAAAAAAGAUUAACAGUUUUUAAAAAUGAAACAACUCCAUUGAUAAACUAUUAUAAAAACAAGAAUUUAUUAAUUAAUUUAGACGCAACACAACCAGCAAGUGAUCUAGAAAAGAACAUAUCCCAACAUAUUGGCAGCUAA